AUGGGUAGUUUGCCAGCCGUGGUGCAGAGACCUGCAGUUUACAACAAUGGUUACGGCGACUUCAUUUUUAACACGAGAAUGAGAAGAAGCCAAACACAAGCGCAAGUCUUACCCAUAAGGCAUUCAAAAGAACUAGGGAAUAAAGUAGUCCCAUCUCUGGACAAUGUUAAAAGCCUCAAUACUAAAAGGACAGAUGCAUUCGAGUUCUUCAAAUUGCCACUCGAAAUUCGCAAACGGAUCUAUGAAAUGCUUCUUGGUCCACUGUGGGUGCGGAACGACAGCCAAGAUAAAUGGCGAAUUCCCCUGAAUGUUAUUCGCAAGCAAGGAUCUGCUGAAAACCGAUUCCCAUUUUCUCCUCAUCCAGAAUUUAAUACUUCUUACUGUUGGGACUGCAUCACCUCGGAUACAUGGAUUGACCCAUUCAAAACUAGCGACACACCCCCUGGUGAAGCCUACUUCAACUGGCUCCGACGCAUUUCGCAUACGAGUUGUUCGUUUCGUCAAGAAUUUGCGGAGGUUUUCUGGUGUAGAACCUCGUUGACGCUAGAAUCUUAUGGACACAACUUUUUGCAUCUAGAGAACGUUCUCAGAGAUAGGCCAUCAAUAUCAAGGGGUAUCAAGUAUUUAUAUAUUGCGAUGGAAUACAUGCUUGAAGAUAUCGAAGGAAAAGUGGACACAGAUGGGUUCAUACAACAGUUGAGGAGGUUAUCUUUGUUUCUAUCUUUGGAGAAACUGAUGAUCGUACUUGGAGCACCUGAAUCCGCCCUCGACGAGCUUGCCUUAGGAGAGGGUAAAUACAAAGUUUUGAACGGGAUCCGAGAGUUUAACGUCAGCAAGGAGUUCACCAUCUGGCUUUACAUUGACCCAACCAUAAGCGACAGCAUGACUAAAUCUGAAAAAGAAUUUAGGGACUCGGAUAAUUAUCUCAGUCCCCUUACCAUUAAGUAUGAACGGAUUUUGGAGAACAGAUUCUCGCCUGUCAGCCUUCACCCUGCUGAACUCUCUGAAGAAGAAAAGUACUUGAAAGAACGAGCAAAAGGGUUCUAA